AUACUAAUGAUAUAAAAGGAUGCUAAGUGAUAAUUCUAUGUUAGUGAAGUUACUGAGUAGACAUGAAGCGGGCGGUGUGUAUCGCUUUAGGCUUGGUGUUGAGCUUUAGCAAUGCAUCAGUGAGAGUGCGCCGCGGUUACGGCAGUAGCUAUGGCGGUAGCAGUGAGGGUGGCGGCGGCGGCGGCGGUGGUGGUGGCUUUGGAUACGGCGGAGGGGGCGGAUAUGGAGGGGGUGGGGGCGGAGGCUUCGGCGGUGGCUUCGGAGGAGGCUUAGAGGGCAUACAGGAAGGAGUCAGCAAGAUCCUAGGAAAAGUGCACGAUGGCCUAAGCCAUCUUGGAAAAUUAGGUGCAAGUGGCGGUUUAAGUGGCGGAGGGGGGAUUGGCGGCGCAGGGGGGCACGGUGGAAGUGGCGGAUUUGGGGGUGAGAACGAAAAAGUGAUCUACACGAAAUCUGAAGACGGCAAUUCUGGAGGCUUCGCGUUCACCGGCACACUUGGCGGUGGUAAAGGUGGAUACGGCGGCGGAGGGGGAUACAGUGGCGGUGGGGGUGGAUACGGCGGCGGAGGAGGAGGAGGAGGAGGAUUGGGCGGCGGCAGUUCUGGUAGCCAUGGGGCAAAUGGCGGAUCCAGUGGACUCGGUGGUGGCCAUGGAGAUGCAGGGUUUGGCGGUUCUGGGGGUAGUGGAGGAGGUCUUGGAGGCGGCUUCGGAGGAGGAUAUGGAGGCGGUGGUUCUACCGGUGGCGGCCACGGUGGUUCUGGAGGUUAUGGAGGCUCAGUAAGCGCAGGCGGUGGAGGCCAUGGAGAUUCAGGAUUUGGAGGUAGUGGGGGCGGUCUCGGAGGUGGACAUGCUGGAGGUGGCUCUUUAGGGGCAAGCCACGGUAUCUCUGGCGGCUAUGGCAGCUCUGGAGAUAGUGGUUUAGUAGGUCAUGGUGGAGAUUCUGGAAAAACCAGUGCAAUAAUCCUGAGUAUUGAUAGUUCACUUGAUAAUGGUGGAUCUGGAUUAAGUGGAGGACAUGGCGGCGGAUACGGCGGUGGCGCCGGAUUCGGAAGUGGCGGUGGAUUGGGCGGUGGGAGCUCUAGUGGCCAUGGGGGUAGUGGGGGAUAUAGCGGUGGCUAUGGAAGUGGCCUUGGUUCUGGAGGUGGAUUAGGUCAUUCUGGUGGUCUUGUAAUCUCAGGAGGCUACGGAGGUGGUGGCGGGGCUGGCCUCGGAGGUGGCAUCGGAGGUGGCCUCGGAGGUGGCCUCGGAGGUGGCCUCGGAGGUGGUGGUGGAGGUGGCCUCGGAGGCGGCCAUGGAGGCGGAUAUAGCGGUAGUGAUUCUCUCGGCGGAGGACACAGUGGUUCUGGGGGUUACGGCGGAGCAGAUAGUUCAGGCGGCCAUGGUGGUUCUGGUGGUUGUAGUGGUGGUUGUGGGGGUUCUUCUGGAGGCUAUGGAGGAUCUAGUUCUUUCUCUUCCGCCAGUGCAAAAGCUUCUGCCUCAGCCAGCUCCGGCAGUUACGGUGGUUAUGGAAAAACAGCAGGUUAUGAUUAUGACAUAAGCGGGUGUCUGAAGUUAGUAUAUAAGGCGAAGUCGGGAGGACACGAGUACAGUCCAACAAUGGCGCGACUCGUGGUGGUCGCGGUAGCCCUAGGGCUCCUUGCCUACACUAAUGCAGCUCCAGGAUACGGAGGUGGUAGCCUCGGUGGCGGAGGCGGUGGCGGUGGCGGAUAUGGCGGUGGCGGAGGCGGCGGAUAUGGCGGCGGUGGCGGCCUAGGAGGCGGUGGUGGCCACGGCGGAGGUCUCGGCGGCGGCCUCGGCGGAGGCUCAGGCGGCGGCGGAGGCUUUGGAGGAGGCCAUGGAGGCGGCGGGCUGGGAGGCCAUGGUGGUGGACUGGGUGAAGGCGGAGGAUUAGGCGGAGGUCAUGGAGGCGGUGGUGGCCUCGGUGGAGGCGGUGGCCUCGGUGGAGGCGGUGGCCUCGGAGAAGGCGGUGGCCUCGGAGGAGGCGGUGGCGGCGGACAUGGCGGCGGUGGUGGACUGGGCGGUGGCAGUGGUGGUUACGGCGGCAGUGGUGGUCUUGGCGGCAGCGGCGGACACGGCGGUGGUGGACACGGAGGCGGUGGACACGGAGGCGGUGGCUACGGCGGUAGCAGCGCGAGCUCUCACGCCAGCGCUAGUGCCAGUGCCGGAGCCGGGGCCGGCUCGUACGGACGGUGAGCAAUACAAAGACACGAGGAAGGAGAUCCAAGAAAAUUCCAAAAGCAAAUUGUGAUAAAAUAAAUAGUAAUAUUUUCGCCAUAAUUACGUACAUUGUUCGUUAUGUAUGUUUAUAAAUAAAAUAGCAUAAUGUAUA